CCCAGCGGUCUCUGCUCACUCUGACUAAAGGUGAGUCAUAUCACACUACAGUCGUCCUCCCCCUCUCAACGCCACCUAACGCAGUAACGCACAUCGACCCGCCGCCCCUCUCACGGCCACCUCCGCAGGAACGCACAUCGACCCGUCGUUUGGAUUCACCUUCAGAUUCAGAGCAUUCAGAAGACGCCGGAAGCCCUCGAUCAUCUGACACCACUGUCUUUGGAGGAAUGUGAUCGAAUGUGAUCGAAUGUGAUUGAAUGCUGACGAAGAGUUUCAUAUUGAACACGGACGGAUCUGCCUGCUGGUGAAGAUGCAGACGGGCAGCAGACCUCCAUCUGUCAUUCACAUCGGGGAUGGGAGGGCUUUCUCCAGGGCUGAAUUUCUGUCAUUGCUGGACACGUACAACUGCUUCUUAAGAGAUGAACCUCAUCUGCAUCUCCACUCGACUGAGAAUGCUGGAGAGGUGACAGUGGAAGGCUUUCUGGUGAUCUCCUGGGGUGUGAAGAGACCCAUCCGGCUGAUGAUCCAGGACGAGAAGCCCAUUCUGCCGCCGUGUGAAAAACCACAGUCACCCCUGGAGUCUCCAGACCCCAUCAGUCCCCUAGGGGGACGCAGGGGUAUGACGCGCUGGGGGGAAUAUGACAAUCUCCUCCGCAUCGAUGAGCUGGAGGAGAGCAGGCGCUCCACGCCAAACACGCUAGAGGACUCUCCCGUCCUCCCGAGAGUGCUCAGCGGUUAUGAGAGCAAGACCCUGCAGUCACCCCGCCCAAAGCCCAUCACGGAGGAGAGCUCCGUCCUCUUCCGCACCCUCAGCGACGCCUCGCUCGUGAAGAAGAGGGUCAAGAGCAAGACGGUUGCCGAGAGACAACGCGCCCGGCAACACCGUUUCUCCAUCAACGGACACUUCUACAACUAUAAGACGUCCAUCUUCACGCCGUCGUACGGCGCCACCUCGAGAGUGCGCACCCACAGCGGCAUGAGCACGGAGGAGGUCAUCGGUCAGCUCCUGCACAAGUUCAAGAUAGAGAACGACCAAAAUGAAUUUGCCCUCUACUGCAUUCACCAGAGUGGGGAGAGGAGAAAGCUGGGCUCCUCGGAGCUGCCGCUGCUGGAGCGGAUUCUCCAGGGUCCCUCAGAGAGCAUCAUGAGGGUCUUCCUCAUGGACACGGACGAGCAGGAGGUCAGCAACGAUGUGGCGCAGUAUCUAAACCUAGAGCUGCCCAUCCUGGAGAGGGUCCUCUGGGGUUUAGAAGAGGAGGAGAAUCAGCAGAUCCGAAGGAUCAUCUCAAAGUAUCGACAACAGCACCACCUUUUAAACCAAUGGCUGAAUUCGAGGCUGGCAGGCAAGACAGAGUGUGACACUGUGUGACCAGGACCGGCUGGACCGGCAGGACUGGCUGGCCCGGCUGGUGUUCUGGACCGGCAGGACUGGCUGGUGUUCUGGUGUUCUGUCAGCAUCCUGUUUGGGUGGAUGUGGCACAGUUAAACUCUCUACUGGAUGGAAGUUGUGACUGUGGUCCAGUAAUGUUGUGAGACUGAUGUUUAUAAGUUGUGAUUGCGGUCCAGUAAUGUUGUGAGACUGAUGUUUAUAAGUUGUGAUUGUGGUCCAGUAAUUUUGUGAGACUGAUGUUUAUAAGUUGUGAUUGUGGUCCAGUAAUGUUGUGAGACUGAUGUUUAUAAGUUGUGAUUGUGGUCCAGUAAUGUUGUGAGACUGAUGUUUAUAAGUUGUGAUUGUGGUCCAGUAAUGUUGUGAGACUGAUGUUUAUAAGCUUUUUAUGGGUGUAUAUAUGGUUUACAGUUGGAAUAUGAUUAUGUGAAUAAAUGUCUUGUUAC